UUGAUAUGUCAACUGUGUCAAUCAAUGUAAAGAAGUGUCAAAACUUCUUGACCUUCGUAUCGUAUUCAAUAAUAUUUGGAAAUGAUUGGGAAGUGUUGAUUUUCUCUUUUAUUCUCAGUUACAUUUUUUAUUCCUAAGAUGGCGCAAACGAAUCAAAUCAAUCUGGACAUAGAAGAUGAUCCGCCUAAUGAAAGCCCCAACCGUAACAUUCCCAUACAGAGAAUGGAUUCUACAUCAAGACAGCCAGUUCCGAGAAGUAAUAUUGGUUUAGGGGAUCGAUUAAAUAGCGUGUUUCGUGAAAUUAGACCGUUAGUGGAACAUGCUCGAAUGGGAAACAAUGCCAGACUAUCUCUACCCACAUGGUUACCAAGAAACACUCCAGGAACUCAUCAGACUGGAGAUGGUGUACAACGGCCACAGAGUUCCAUAGCUCAUGUAAACCUAGGACCUGCCUCACAGACUUAUGUAGUAACAGAAAGGGGCACACCAUUGGCACAGAGGUCACAGUCUACUACACAUGGAGUUAGUGCUAGCCCUUCGAAUAACUCAAAUAUUUCGGAACAGGGUCAGGAAAACCAAGAGGUCAAUGUCCCUGUGAAUCCAUCUAAUAACAACAAUGUACAUGAUAACGCUGACAAUGACAGUCAAAGUGAUGAUUUAAAUCAGCAGGUAACUCCUUUAGUGGUACUAGAUAUGAGGGCAGCGCUAAAUUUUAUGAUCCGCUAUGCGCCUUUCUAUCUCAUCUUGUUUAUUAAGUUGAUAUAUGACAGCAGAGAGGGAAUCUUCACAUUUUGUGUUCUAUUCUGCACAUUCACGCAUUGCAACAGCCUAGUUAGAAGGGAGCAUGGAAAGCAAGCGAACCGCAGCAUACUAGCAUUAUUCUGUGAGCUUGUGUUCACAGUAUGUUGUAUAGGUGUUGUUCACUUCUUGUUUGGUCAUGGCAAGUUGUUGCCCAAUGUGAUCAUGUUCCCGGGCUACACGGAGCCCAUUGAUGUAUGGGAGCUGCUGUGGCUUGUGAUACUUACUGAUCUUGUAGUGAAGAUUGUGACAGUGGAUGUUAAAAUAUUGGUCACUAUGAUGCCAGCAUUUCUAUUGCCGUUCCAGAAAAGGGGAAAGGUGUAUUUAUUCACGGAAGCAGUAUCUCAGUUGUACCGUGCGCUGCUGACGAUCCAGCCUUGGGUGUUCUUCCUGAUGCAAUCGUACGAGGGCUCGGAGAAGAUGGUGGGCAUGUUCCUCACCUCAAUCUAUGUUAUCGCCAAGGUCGUUGAGGUGCUGGUCAGGCUGCGACUCUUCAAGAAUGCAACUUGGACUUUGCUGCAGAGUGUGUUUUGUCUGUUACAGAACUUGGGCACCAAACCAACGGGGGAGCAACUGGUAUCUGCAGGAGAUUCCUGUCCUAUUUGUCACGACGACUACACAACUCCAGUGAGGCUGGGCUGCAGUCACAUCUUUUGUGAGCUGUGCAUCUCCGCGUGGCUUGACCGAGAGCACACCUGCCCGCUGUGCCGCGCCAAGGUCGCUGACGAGCCCACCUGGAGGGACGGCUCCACUACCCACGACUUUCAGUUGUAUUAACACCUUCAAUGCUAUGAUUUAUAAAGUGAAUUAGUGAGUGUGAACUGUCUGUGUAGUGAACCUGUUUGGCCCCAUCAUUAUCACCAAGUCUUGCCCAAAGGUAAGUAAAAAAAGUCAAAUUCUCACAUCAAGCCUGGAUAACCUAGGAACCUCUACAAAAGAGAGAGAAGAUCUUUAAGCAAUGAAAUUAUCGCGUUCUCUUGGACUCUCGCUUAUCCAUGUUCAGCGGUAUUUAGAGAUUUUGAGAAGAAUGUAGCUUAGCAUUACUCAUUAUGAAUCACACAGCAACCAUAGUUGGGCUUAGGUCUCAAAAAAUAGGUAUUAUCAUUAAAUCCCUGAUUCAGUUGGUACUAUAAUCUAGACCAGUGUCUAGUCGCAAACGCAAUUUUGUUUUUUAUUUAUUCUACUGUUCAGUACUAUUAAUCAAUUAUCAUCAUUUUGAAAGUAUUUCCAUUAUUUUCAUAAAAACAAAAACAUUUUUUGAUCUCUUUCUAUUCCAUUUGCCAGAAAUAUUUCUAUAGAGUUACUAUACAAUAAUUAGAAUUUUUGCUGUUGUUCCCCGAAUUAUGUGGUUAAUGUAUACAUAAUGUGUAUUAUGUAUUUAUAUGUGCAUUUAUAUGUACUCAUAUUGAACUGAGUGCCAAUAAUAUUGAUUAAUCUUUAUUUAUUAUUAAUCACCCUUAACUUAGGGUAGACUCCGAGCCCCUCGGUGGGGAUGUUUAGUGAGCUGAUGAUCAAUCUUUAUUUCACAUCAUGGUUCUAGUAACCUCUGAUAUUUUAUUAAUUUAAAACUAUAGUCAAUAUAAGGGUUCUCUGACAUAAUAAUUACAAAUAAAAUUGAACAUAUGAAAUCAUAUUUUAACAAAUUCAGUUUCCCUGAAGGGAAAAAAUAACAUUGGAUUUGAAUGUGUUAAUAUAUUUUAACAUAGUAUGACAAUAUACCAAUGGGUUUAUAUCUAUUUAAUAGUAAUAAAAAAUGCUUAAAUAAAUAAGCAAUCUUUGCUUAGACAAAUC